AAAGACCAGUUUGAUCGUCCCACGCAGGCUGUGAGAGAAUCCUGUGAGUCACAUUUUUACCGUGCGCUCGUUUACUGAAACCUCCACCUUCUGUUCACUGCUCACAGACCCAGUGACACGCCCUUUGUCUUUACUCGGAGGUCGGCUGGACAUUUGUGGACAAACGGCACAUGGCGUUGUGGUCCAGCAUCACCUUCAUAUGAUGAAGACUUCAAAAGAUCAGAGGCCCCUUGUGGCGGAAUGAAAACCGGCGUGUGACAGAGCCAUGAGAUGAUUGGCUGCAGCGAUGAUGAUGAUGGAGGAGGAGGAGGAGAGUUUGAUAAAGAGUGGGAGUUAGAGGGAGGCGCCAACAUAUGCCACAUUAGAGACAUGGUGGACACACUCAUCAGUCAUGGAGGACAUUUGGUUACCGUAGAUGCCUGAUGUGCUGGAGAUACAGAGCACGAGACCACCCACACGCUCCCAAACCUCAACUGACCUUCAUCUCUUUAGGCUUUUCCUCAGAUAAUCCAUGGACGUCUCCGGGUUCACCUGGGUCUUUGCGGUUGCCGUCUUGGCCUGCAUCGUCGUCCUGCUCGCCAUCUGUCUGGACUGCAGCAACAGCGGCCCGCUGGCCUCCAUCAGUCAAACGAACGCUUCAGAUGAAUACAUGCCAUCGACAGAAUUCCGCCUCAUUCAUCCAUCAGCUCCCCCGUUCCCAGACGUGAACUCCACUCAUGCUUUGUCCAACUUGCUGUUACCUUAUUCGCCAUCAGUGGAUGUGCCCCCGCAGCGCCGUACACACUCCUUCACACCAACAGAAACUGAAAGUAAUCCCAGUUAUGAGAAUCCUGCAGAAGGAUCUGAUUACCAAAAUGACAGCGACGCGGAAGACACGGGCUACAUAAUCGUUCUGGGUGACUCGCCUCCUGCCGGGGAUCCUUCAACCAAUCAGAGUCGAGCCUCAAGCCCCAGUUCAGAUGCUGGACACGACUACGUGAAUUUUGCAAAAGUUGUUGUCUCCUCAGAGGAUCGGGAUUAUCAGAACGUGGACCCUGAAAGGCCGUCAGCAGCCUCACCGCAAAGUGACAGCGAUGACGAAUACGAAGGAAAUUAUGUGAACCAACCAGAGAUGAUUCACAGACAGCCGAGUAUAUGAUGGACAUGUGAGUGCCGGACCACCGUCCUCCAUCUUUGACCUGAAACAGGUUUUAAAGCAAGCGGCUGCAGAUGAAGUGCACAGUUUUCUUAAAUGAUACUUGUUACCUUCACCAAGGAAGUUGGAGGUUAUGUUUUCACCCCUGUUUGUUUUGUUUGUGAACAGCCUGGAGCCCAGUUUUUCAUUUAUCUUGAUGGAAUUUUCACAGAGGAUUCAUACCCUGACAGGCAAGAGCUGAUUGUGCCAAAGGUCAAAGUCAGGACAAAUAUUGGAAAAAUCCCUAUCCUUUAACACUGAAUGAAUUUUCAAAUAUUCUUAACUUGGUCAAAAAGAACAAAUUUUGUUUCAUAUUUGGGAGCAUUAUGUAGGAUGACAACUGACAAAGUUUGAUCCAGAUCUGAUCCAGAUGUUGUGUUUGAAAGUGAGGUGCAGACGGGCACUCACUAUCUCCUGACAACGUUGGAUCCGGAUGUGAUCUGGAUUAUGGAUUUUGUGGACAUUUGAAUUGAAAAGCUCAUUUGGUGUACAUUUUGCAUUAUAUCUCAAUCAAAAGUGCCUCAGUCACUCUCAUUUUUCUGUUAUGGAUUUACC